AUGUCACUCGGUAAAUGCCCUGAUAUCGAAGAGUCACCGGCAAACGCGAAGGCCGGCCAGACCAAACCGAUUCGGCUGAGUCCAUCUGGAGAUCCUCUAUACCCAGCAGUGACGAGAGAUCCUAUGGAUCCUCUAAACUGGAAUUUUGUUCAAAAAUACACGUGCAUUGUGAUUGCAUGCUUUGCCUACUGCCUACUCACCUAUUUCACCACAGCACCAGUUCCAUCCUUCACCGAGCUCGAGGUCCAAUUUGACACGACAUAUACAAAAGUGAAUUGGUCAUUCGCAGUACCAUGUCUUGGGCUAGCUAUUGGCCCACUCGUUACCUCGUCUCUGGCAGAGACCUAUGGGCGGCGCAUUGUGCUUAUUGCCAGCACCGCCAUUGCUCUUGUGGCGAGCGGGUGCACCUCCCUCAAAGGUAACUCUCUUUCGGGUUAUAUGGCUGCACGCUUUUUCCAGGGAGUGGGUGCCGGCCCAUCUGCCAAUAUUGGAUUGACGGUCAUUAACGAUCUGUCUUUCGAGCAUGAGAGGGGUUUUCGCGUGGGUCUGUGGGCGAUGUCUGCGAACGUUGGGACUGUGCUGGGUGCUGUGGUGGGUGGCUUCUUAGCCUCUGUUUCUCAAUACUGGAUCAGCUAUCAUGUUACUAUCCUCUUCGGGAUCUUGCUUGUAUGUGAAUGUCUCUUUCUCCCAGAGACCCGGUAUCCACGGGCAGUGGUCUUGGAGCAUGAAGCGGGUCUGGAGGGACAGGAAAUGUGCAAGGAAACAAUGUAUGAUGUCAUUUCCGACAUCAAACGAACGAAACAGCUGGGACAUCUGCAUUUCCGACCGAUUCCGGGAGUCAGCCAUCCCAAGUUCUGGGAUGCAGUCCUAGAGUUUUGCAAACUGUGGACAUAUCCCACAAUCUCCAUCAGCGUCUGUUGCUAUGUCUUUUUCCAAUACUGGUGGAUUUGCUCCAUCAUGACGAUGGAGCCAUUGGCCUACGAGACCCGGACCGUUCAAGUGCAGGGCCUCCUUUUCAUCGGUCUCCUCGUGGGGCUCGUCUUCGCUGAGGUGUUCUGCUCCGGACGACUGAGUGAUUGGCUCGUUACUCGAUUAGCUUGCAAGAACGAUUCGCAACGCAUUCCGGAGAUGAGACUGUGGCUCGGGUACCCGGCUGCACUGGUGUCAUCGGUGGGUCUCAUUCUUUGGGGGAAUUCGGUGGAUAGGAAUUGGCACUGGAUGACCGGUCAAGUUGCUUUCUUCCUUUAUGCGGCGGGUACACAGGUCGGAAACACGGUGCUAUCCACGUAUGUAGUCGACAAUUAUCCCGAAUAUGCGAUGCAGGUAAUCAUGUUCUACUCGGUGGUGAUCAACUUAUCAGCGUUUAUCAACCCGUGGUUCAUCAGUCUUUGGGUGGAGGAAUCAGGAUGGACCUGGACCUUUUCGGCGCAGGCAAUAAUCUGCAGCUUGGGGCUGAUCCCUGCAUAUGCGCUUCUACACCGAUACGGGUCUCACAUGCGAAAGCCGCUUCAGUUGGUCGCUGUAUCCUAG